AUGGCUGAACAGCUUUUCACCCUUCCCGACGGCCGCAUGAUUGCCUACCGCGUCUCCGGCGCGCCUGACGGCUAUCCCCUCGUCUGGUUCCACGGCACGCCGUCCAGCACGGAACCCCCGCCAGCUCUGGAAGCGGCCGCCAAGAAGCAGGGCAUCCGCAUCAUUGCAGCCGCCCGCCCCGGCUACGGCGAUUCCGGCCGCCACCCCGGCCGUCGCGUCGUCGACGCCGUGGCCGACACCCAGGCCCUCAACGACUUCUUGGGCGUCCGGGAGUGCCUGCUCAUGGGCUGGAGCGGCGGCGGACCGCAUGCGCUCGCCUGUGCGGCGCGUCUCCCAGGCGCCCGGGCCGCCCUGACGAUUGCCGGCGUGGGCCCCGCCGACGCGCCGGACCUGGACUUUCUCGCGGGCCAAGGCGACGACAACGUCGAGGAGUUUCGCGCGGCGGCGGCGGGCGAGCCCGCCCUGCGCGCCUUCUGCGACGCCAUGCGCAGCGAGAUCCGCGCCGGCGGGCCCGCGGGCGUGGUGGCCGCGUUCGACACGAUCCUGAGCGACGUCGACAAGGCCGCAACCCAAGACCCGGCCAACGGGCUGCGCGACUACCUCUUCCACGUCCUCGACGACGGCCUCCACGCCGGCGUCGACGGCUGGAUCGACGACGACCUCGAGUUUACGCGGCCCUGGGGCUUUGACCUCGCCGAGAUCGACGUCCCCGUACUGCUGUACCAGGGCAGCGACGACAAGAUGGUGCCGUACGCGCACGGCCAGUGGUUUGCCAAGCACCUGCCCGCCGCAUCGUUACGGGCACACCUGAUUGAAGGCGAGGGCCACGUGAGCCUCGUGGCCAAGGGGGCAGAGCUGCUGACGGAGCUGGUCGCGGCGGGAGACGUGAAAGCGAAAUGCCAACCGGCGGUCCAAUGUUUGUUUAAAUGCGUACAUACAUGCGAGCAACUGGCGCUUCCUGUUGGCAAGCCUACUGGCUACGCCACGCUACAGCUCCGGAGAGUCGGCAAAGUUGACGGCCACGUGCUCCGGCCGGGACGCCCCGCCCGCCACCUGCUUGCCCAGCGCGCCCAGUGUCUCCUGCUCCUCGGCCGUCAGCUCGACGCGGAGCGCGGCCAGGUUCUCCUGCAAGCGCUCCGUCUUGCGCGUGCCCGGGAUGGCAAACACGUCGUCGCCCUGCGCCAGCAGCCACGCGAGGCACAGCUGUGCCGUCGUCACGCCCUUUUUCUUGGCCAGCUCGCCGAUCUGGGCCACCGUGGCCACGUUCGCCUCAAGGUUCCCCUCCUGGAACCAGGGCAGGCCAAACGAGCGGCGCAUGUCGCCCGUCGCGCCCAGGUCGGCCGCACCGGCAAUGCCGCCCGUCAGGAGGCCGCGGCCGAGCGGGCUGGACGCGACGACGGCCACGCCCAGCUCGCGGGCCGCCGCCAGGAUGCCCCGUUUGGGGUCGUCGGCGGCCUCGAUGGCGCGGGAAAACACCGAGUACUCCGUCUGGACGGCCGCGAUGGGGUGGACGGCAUGGGCGCGGCGCAGCGAGGUGGCGCUGCACGCGCCCAGGCCAAUGUACCGGAUCUUGCCCUCGUUCUUCAGCGCCACCAGUGCCUCGAUUGUCGUUUCAAUGGGCGUCUUGCCGUCGAGGCGGUGCACGUAGAACAGGUCAAUGUACGCGACGUUGAGCCGCGUCAGCGACUUGGCCAGCUGCUGCCGCGCGUACGCGGGCGACGAGUCGAAUUUGAUGUCGGUCGGCACCGUCAUGUCGAUGCCAAACUUGGUCGCCAAAAAGACGUGGGCGCGCUUCUCGGGGUUGCGCGCGAACCACUUGCCCAGCAGGUCCUCCGAGUCCAGGUACAUGUCGGCCGUGUCCCAGAAGCGCUCGCCCAUGGCGUAGGCUCGGUCCAAGAAGCCAAGGCGCUCUUCGUCGGAGCCGACGGCGUUGUAGGCGCCGCUGUUGUUCAUGAGGCCGAGGCCGAGGCGCGGCAGCAUGGGGCCAUUCUUGCCAAGCGGACGGGAGGUAAUAGGCGAAGCCAUAGCGUAGGAGAGGAUAUAGAUUCCUGUUUAAAGGUCAAUUGGACAUGUCAAUGA